AUUUUAAAUUGAUAUAUUGGACUCUUCAUUGUUUGCUUUUCCUGUUUAUUCAUCUCAACUGCAAUUCAAAUUACUGCAUAAUGAAUGAAUAUUGAGCUGUCUGUUGUCUUGGAUACGGCAUUUGCUUCCCAAGUUUGCUUAGAAGAAGUUUAAUGGACACUGUCAGGCCAAGCUUUGCAGCACUUCCAGGGAUUCUUGCCACAGAAGGAAGAGAAAAAGAAUGAAGAAUGAACUCUGGGAACCUCUACAGGCUGUAUGGACUUGGCUCCCCUAUCUUCUGGCUUUCUUGUGGAUCCAGCCAAUGGAAGAUUUCAGCAGGAUUUCCGAGCAUGGAAGGACAGAAAGAUGUAUCUUUCUUUUCCACCCUAUCCCCACUUGGAGCUGAGGUGCUAGCAGUGGCUACAACUAUAGGAUCUUACCCUCCUGGGCCAAAGGCGCCAGGCGGGAAAGAAAACACCAGGCCUCCUCGGUCAGGCAAGAGGGCCCUUUAAGGAAGACGAGAGCUGCGCUGAUAGGCUGAGGCUCGGAAUCCCUGCCAUGGCCAGCCAAUCCCAAAGCUCUGCGGGGCGAGACCCGGUCCGUGCGGCGGUCUCGGACUCCGGCCUGGAGGCCUCUGCUUUGAUCAGUGUCCCCGCACUUCCACUGCCCACUGCCCAGUGUGGUCUCCUUUGGGAACCAAGGGAAAGCUCUUCUUCCUGCUUGGCUUCUACCCUUAACCCGUGGGAAUAUCCCCUGAUACAUCGAAACUACAAUCCAGACCCAAGAGAGCAAGGACAAGAAAAAGUGCUCAGUUCUUCAAGAUAUACAGUGGAAAGAAAAAUCAGGAAACAUGAAGCUAUAGAGCAGGAAAAGAUUUUCGAAAUCAUCCAGUUCAAUCAGCUGUUCUUAUGUCAAGAUGGGGUUUAUAUUUUCAAAAUCUAUGAAUGAGAACAUGAAAAGCCAGCAGGAGUUCAUGAUUAUGAAUGCCCGACUUCAGCUGGAAAGGCAGCUAAUGAUGCAGAAUGAAAUGAGAGAAAGACAAAUGGCUAUGCAGAUUGCUUGGUCUCGGGAAUUCCUCAAAUAUUUUGGAACUUUUUUUGGCAUUGCAGCCGUCUCUUUAACAGCUGGAGCAAUUAAAAAGAAGAAGCCUGCCUUCCUCUUACCUAUCGUUCCAUUAGGCUUUGUCCUUACCUACCAGUAUGACAUGGGCUACGGGACCCUUAUACAAAGAAUGAAAGGUGAAGCCGAGAACAUACUGGAAACAGAAAAGAGUAAGUUGCAGCUGCCAAAAGGAAUGAUCACUUUUGAAAACCUUGAAAAAGCAAGAAGGGAACAGAGUAAAUUCUUCAUAGACAAAUGAAAUCAUGUUUACCCACCAAAUCUCAAAAUACAGAAUUGUUGACUUGAAUCAUGGCCUUUACAAUUUUUUAAAUGCUUGAGAUUUUGAUAUAAUGGUUUUUAUUUUAAAAUAAUAAAAUUUAAGAUGAACUUUGUUAAAUUAUUUUAAAAUAAAAUGUAUAACAUUCAACACAAAAUCAUGGAGGUACUCUUUCAGAUUUCCUCUAUAUGUGUGUGUAUCACAAACAUCUAAAUGUAAAAUUAAUAAACUAUAUUUUUUUGAAUUUCUGGAAGCAAAA